AUGCUUGCGGGCCGUGAGCCCCACAAAGUGAAGCUGCGGGAGGCCGACAGCGGGCUUCACAGGCUGUGGAAAGUGUUGGUGGUGUUUGAUGGUGAAGGCCACAUGUACCUAGGGCCCGGCUGGGAGCAUUUCGCCCGCGCCCAUGAGCUACAGCUCGGGUACUUCCUUGUCUUCCGCUACGACGGCGACGCCAUGUUCACCGUGAAGAUGUUCGACAACACCAUGUGCCGCAUGUACUACCAGCACGACGACGAUGCCAGCAAUGGGAGCAGCAGCGGGGAUGACGAGGAGCAGAGCGGGGAUGACGACGAGGAGCAGAGCGGGGAUGACGAGGAGCAGCCUAUUCUGGCUGACGACGAACAUGCUAUGGUGGUGGCUGACGACGAGCCUGCUAUGUUGGUGGCGGAUGACGACCUUGCUAUGGUGGUGGCGGACGACGACCUCGCGAUGGUGGUGGCGGACGACGACCUCGCGAUGGUGGUGGCGGACGAGACCUCGCGAUGCGCCGCCCCUCCUCUGCUCCGCCCCGCACCUUCCUGCUCCGCGCCGCCCCGCUCCCACUCCCUCCCCUCCUCCGUGCCGCCCCGCCACGCCGCGGACUACAUCGACGACGACGGCGGCCACAUCGACUACAUCAACGACGACAGCGGCUACAUCGACGACGGCGCGAUCGACGAUGACCACCGCUGCAUCGUCAACAUCAUCUCCCCCUAG